GAAAAGUAGUGACGUACAAGUUAAAAGCAGCAUAUAGUUUAAACCAACACUUGUAUAAAUUGUCCACCGCUGGUCGUUCUUUCUCUCACUGUACCCAGAUGGGAUAAGUGAUACAAAAGAAAACGAUUUCUUAAAAUGACCUAUGUCUGGGGUCCAGUUUAACGCUGCGGAGUGAGCCAUCUUCCUAAAACACACGAUCUUUGGUUGCUGUCAACGUUUCCUGGUCCUCUGGUUCUGAACGCGGCUCGAGGAGUGGCAGCCUCUCCCUCCAUCCUCAGCUGCUAGAGCCGAUGCCGGUGAGGAGAAAACGGAUCGGGGACCCAGACGGUCUCCGGUGAACCAACACAGACAUUGGAACCGUCGACUAGGAGAAAUCGCUUGAUUUUCCGUGUUCGUGUCGGAUCGUAACGGGGGCGAUAGCUACGGCUGCGGCAGCGGGGAGAUGCUGUCAUGCAGAGAGACGUCAUUGAUUUAAAAGACAAAUAAUAUUUUUUUAAAAAUUAUAAAAUACAAGUGGCAUCAACCGGGGAUCAUUUCCUUCACCGGAACCACUGAGGCAGGAAUAAAACACCGGAUCGAUGUGAUAUGACGUCAGCAGUAAAACCAUCGCGGAAGUGAAAUGUAACGGAGGGUUCAUCCACGUCCGUCUUCUCCCUGAAUCACGUCCCCGGGAUGCGACGAGAUUUCUGUUUUCAAAUGAGGGACAACUCGACGGAAGAACCGACAAGUGAUCGCGGUUAAUGUGAAUUCUUUCAACCUAAAGCUCACCGACUGCCCAUUUGAGUUCAUUUGAAUUGCAUUCAUGCUGUAUGCAAAAUUUGAACUUCACAUUUGAGAAUGAGAGAAAGUUCAUUCUUAACCUUUUGGAAACAGGAGACACAAUAAUCUCUCUCCACAAGAUAGUGGAGCUUUUAACCAUACGAUCCAUGAUCUUCAUCACAAAAACACACAUUCAACUUAAAUACACCAACUUCUCAUAAGGACCGGCGGUUUAGGACUUGAUAUGUGAACCGGAAGGACGGAAGCUGAGGAGCAAUAACAACAUCAGAGCAUCUCUGCACAAGCAUGAAAGAGACUUUUGUUCCAGACAUAUCUUGGAGAAAAACCAAACAAAGAUAGUCACCUGGACCGCUUCCACACUUUCCUCUGAACACUCGCGAUUUCAUCCCUCAGUCCAGAGACAGAUUGCAGGUGUGGCCAAAGAAGUCGACUUGACUCUAAAGCGCUCCCUUUUAAUCGACGUGCUGUUGCGAUGCUGGACGUGGUCAAGAUGAAGGAGGCGUGCCGGAUCUGCGCCCGCGAGCUCUGCGGCAACCAGCGCCGAUGGAUCUUCCACCCGGCGGCCAAGCUCAACCUUCACGUGUUGCUGUCCCACGCCCUGGGCCGCGAGCUGACCCGCGACGGCCGCGGGGAGUUCGCCUGCUCCAAGUGCGCCUUCAUGCUGGACCGCAUGUACCGCUUCGACACGGUCAUCGCCCGCGUGGAGGCGCUGUCCCUGGAGCGUCUCCACAAGCUGCUGCUGGAGAAAGACCGGCUGAGGCAGUGCAUCGGAGGCCUCUACCGGAAGAACAACGCGGCCGAGGAGGAUGGGAGCGCGGCACCGCCCGGGUCCGUCGCGGCGGUCGCCGGGACUGAUGCGGAGUCUGAAGACUCCCCUGUGGUGGACCUUUCGGCCCUGCAGGAUGGAAGAUACUCGGAUAUGAUACAGCAUGAUCUGACUUACUCGGUGUACGAAUCGUGGGCUGAUAAGGAGGAGCCGGUCCUGGACCACCACCACCAGUGCCCAGGAGCAGACUCUGUCUCUGGCCAGAAGCCGAGGCGGUGCAGGGGUUGUGCAGUGCUCCGUGUCGCUGAUUCCGACUACGAGGCGGUGUGCAAGGUGCCGCGCAGUGUUGGGCGCAGGAGCACAUCCUGCGGGCCUUCCACCCGCUACUCGACAGCCACUCCGGGAGUCGAGGACCCCGCCAGAACCUCUCAAGAGUCUGAUGCCGCAAUGGUCACCUUUGAGUCCUCUUCAUGCGAGUUGGACACGGAUAAGCCCAUGUGCGACGGGACGAGCCCGGCAUCGUCCAUGGAAUCUCUGGACACCGCCGUGGACGUGAGCUGCCUUCCCGUGAACCACAAGGAAAGAGACGAAAGAGGUCCAGACGAGGCUCCAGCGAGAAGGGACACUCCCUGGGAGAAACCCCCAAGCGAGGGCUCCUUUUCUGGGUUUGAGAUGAUGCUGAGCCUCCUCAGGGGCUGGGAGUACCGGCCGGUGAAGCCCCAAAGGGGCAGCAAGCUCCCCGUUCUGGGCAAAGCCAAACUGGACCACGGCCUGUCGCCGCCCAUCCGGCUGAGGUCGCCCUGUGGGGGGCCGGCCGACUGCGAGCUGGACUCCCACCAGCCCGUCCCGGAGAUCGUGACCACGUGUCCCCAGCAGGAGCUGCAGGCGGAGCUGGACGAGAUGGAGGAGCAGUGGCUGGAUGAUUAUGUUCCGUGCGGCCCGUUCCGCUUUCAGCAGAGGCUGAUCGACGAGCAGCAGAGCCAGCUCGGUCAGUACGAGAGCGAUGCCGGUCAGUGUGUCGGCGAGCUGCAGAAGGCCCAGGACCAGCUGCGCUCGCUCCAAACCAAGAUCCGAGAGAGCGAGACCAGGAACCAGAAGCUGCAGGAGCAUCUCGGUGAGAUGGAGUUGGAGCUGCGUUCGACCCAAGAGGAAGCCCAGCGGCAGGAGAGAAGCAUCCAGAACGUCACUGAUGCCGCCAACUCCAAGGAGACGGAGGCUGCAGAGCUGUAUCGGGUGAUUGAGGAGCAGAAUAAGAUGCUGUUUUCUCUCAAAGACAUCGCCAACCGCAGCCAGCUGCAGCAGCUGCAGGUGUCGGGCGCGGACAGCUUCCGCGGUCACGGCGAGGUCCUGGCUCUGCAGGCGGCUCUCUUCCAGGCUCAGCUGGAGCUGCAGGACGGUCAGCGGGCGCAGCGGCAGGCGGGCCGGACCCAGGAGGACCUGAGCCGAGCCCUGCGGAGGCUGGAGAAGGACCUGCAGGGGGCGCUGCAGCACAGGAGGGACACGGAGAGGCACAACCAGGAUCUGCAGCUGGCUCUGGAGAAGGCCCGGUCGGCCAUGCAGGAGAGAGAGGAGCAACGGAGGGAGGCCGAGGGGGAGAGAGAGGCGCAGGACGGGGAGAGAGAGAGGCGCAUCGGAGAGCUGAGGACAUCCCUGCUGACCAAAGAGCAGCUGAUAGAGAACUACUGCGAGCUGUUGGAGGAUCCAAAGGAGAAGAGAGACGCUCUGCUUCAGAAACUCCGCCAGCGCAUCAAGGAGAGAGACCGAGCUCUUGAGCGAGCGGCGGACGACAAGUUCCGCAGCGUGGAGGAGAAAGAGGAGGAGACUCGUCGGCUUCAGCUGCUGCUCCGAGAGAAGGAGAGAGACCUGGAGAGGCAGCGCUGCGUCCUGUCAAACAACGAGGAGACCAUCACUAGCCUGGAGGUGCUGGUGCGCGGUCGGGCUUUGGAGCUGGAGCAGGUGUGCGACGCCUGGAGGAACGUCCAGCGGCAGCCGCAGGAGAGCGAAGCGAGACAGAGCCUCAUCCUGAGAGAGAGAGACGGCAUCAUCAGCCAGCUGCAGGCGGCACUGCACUCGCGCACGCAGGAGGCCCAGGACCUGCGCUGCUCCCUACUGGCUCAGGUCCAAUCAGCUCCCUGCGAAAUUCUGGAUGAGCUGAAGAUCCGCCUCCAGCUCAAGGACCGCCUCUUCCAGGAAGUGCUCGCGAACCGGACCCACCAAGCCCAGGAGCACCAGGCGCAAGUCCAGGAUCUCCUCAGAACCAUCAGCUCCAGGGACCAGUACAUCCAGGACUCUGCCUGCCGGCUCGGUGAGGUGAUGACCGAGCAGGCGGACAGGAUCCAGGAGCUCCGCAGACAGCUGAGCACGGGUGUCGGAUCGAGGUCCGACUCCGGACCGGACUCGUCUGUGGACCUCCAGGCGGUGCAGGAGGAGCUGUGUCUGGCUCUGAGGAGGGGCAAGGAGAGCCAGGAGCUGAGCAGGAGUCAGGCCAGCAGGGUGGAGUCCCUCACCAGGACCCUGUAUGUGAAGGAGGACAUCAUCAGGGACUUCCAGAGGCAGAUGGCGGAGCCCUCCGGUCUCUCGCUGGUCGAGCGGUUGACCCACGAGGUCCAGGAGCUGAGAGAGAGCCUGAUCCAGCGGGACGGUCCCCUAGCCAGAGGCCCCGUCCCGAGCCGAGACCGGCCCGACAGCAGGCAGCCCGAGGUUGGAGAGCUGAGCUCCGAGGACGAAGGUGAUGCUGACGAGGGUCUGGACAGCGAGUGCACGGAGAGCGUUGACGAAGAGGAGUCCAAGCUGAGGGUCCAGUCCGUGGCCAACACCAAGGCCUCUGGAGGUACAGGAAAGCCUCCAUCCCAGGACCUGUUGUUUGAAGGUCAGGGACUGACGGAGGUCAAACAGCUGGUGGAGCAGAAGAGGGCGGUGGAGCGAGAGCUGGGAGAGCUGAAGACUCAACUGGAGAAGGCCGGCUUCUUAUCACUGUCACAGAUGAGAUUCUCCCCAAUCCUGCAGACAGACAGAGGAACAAACAGAAGCGGACACAUGAUCUCCUUGGCGGAGGCAGAGAACGGAGAUUUGAGGCACCAGCUGAGUGAAGGCCCACAGCGCGACAGUAAACAGAGUGAGGAGGAGGAGGAGGAGGAGGAGGAGGAGGAGUUUGAUGUGACAAUAGAAGGGGCGGAGGAGGAUGAAGAGGAGGAGGAGGAAAGCUCUGAGAUGGGGGACGCUUGGGAUGGCGAGCUGUCUCCGUCGCACACCAACAUCCAGACCGGUGACGAGCAGAGAGCCAACCGGCCCGAUUCACUGCACCUGCUCCCCAACCCCUCAGAGGAUGUCCCGGACAGCGAGCCGCCGGCCGGCGCCGCGUCCUCCGUGAAGACGGUCCGCAUGCAGCAGAGGAGCAAAGAGCUGCAGGAGAGGCUGAUGGUGUCAGAGGCCACGGUGCAGGCUCAGGCCGAGCAGCUCAACGACUACCGGGAGCUGCUCACGGAGACAGCAGUGCAGCAGGACAGCAAGCAGAUCCAGGUGGACCUGCAGGACAUGGGCUACGAGACCUGCGGCCGCAGUGAGAACGAGGCUGAGAGGGAGGACGCCAGCAGCCCAGAGUUUGAUGACCUGGAGAUGUGCACGUCUCUGGACUGCGGCUCCCAGUGGUGGCCCGCCGGCAGCGGCAGCAGCAGCAGCUCCGCCUUCACUAAAACCACCAGCCAGAGGUCAGGCGACGGAGACGAGAUGUCCUCUCUCCAGCGCCUGGUGGAGGACCUCCGCUCCCAACUGUCCCGUUCUCAGGGAGUGAUCCGCGGGCUUCAGACCCGGCUUCGGUCCCUCUCCACCUCCAGCGACUGCGGGCCGUCCACGCCUCGCAAGGUCAACUGGUCCUUCCAGGCCUCGCCUUCCCAGAGCGGGGCGGAGGAGGACGAGGGCUGGCAGUCCUCCUCCGACGGAGGCCCUCUGGCUUCGCCCCGCCACCCUCACCCGGACAAGGGCAUCCGGGAGCUGGUGUCCCGCGUGGACGCACUGGAGGACCAGCUGAGGACAGGAGGCAAAAAGCCUGUCAGCGAGGACUUAAAGUCAGCCACCUGGCCGGGUAAAUUCGACACGCUGAUCCAGGCUCAGGCCAGAGAGCUGUCUCACUUCCGCCAGCGGCUGAGGGAGGGGCGGGGCGUGUGCAGCAUCCUCACCCAGCACCUGGGGGACACCACCAAGGCCUUCGAGGAGCUGCUGCGGGCCAACGACAUCGACUACUACAUGGGCCAGAGCUUCAGGGACCAGCUGGCUCAGGGCGGCGCUCUGGCGCAGCGGGUCAGCGCGAAGAUCAGCGGACGAGAUCAACCUGAAGAUCCAGAUGAGAAGACCGAGCUGCUCGCCAUCCGGCUUAGUAAGGAGCUGCAGCAGAAAGACAAGGUCAUCGAGUCUCUCCGCACCAAACUAAACCAGCACCACCAUUCGCGCUCCAACACGCCCUGCAGCAGCCACGCCCUCUCCGACACCACCGACCAAUCGGAUCGCAUCUCCUAUGUGUCCGACGAGCACAGGUCAACGGACGAGGACCUGGAUCCGUACGUGGACGCUGCCGGCGAGCACGGUCAGAGGGACACGCGGGCGUCCGCCAGAGUCGGCACGGAUUGCCACUCCCACAGUGGCGCCAUGUCCCAUCAUGUGUCAUCUCUACCUCCAUCCAUCGCCUACUCCCCUAGCGCCCAGUCCUGCUUCAGCUGCCCCAGCAUGCGUUGCCCCAGCUCGCCGCACAAGCCCGCGGACAUGCAGAGCCAGACAGCUCCAGCUCCCGUCUUCACCUCUACCCCCUUCCAGCUUUCCCCCUCCUUCUUCUCCUCCUCUUCCCCUACCCGAAGGGAACCUUUGCCCUUUCAUCCCCACCCCGCAACCCUGCGCACCCGUUACCCAGGCAACGGCGGAGUGGGUUUCUCCCUGGCCGAGGUGCAUCAGGAGCUGCAGAUGUUACAAAGGCAGCUGGGAGACAAUGAGAGGUUUUCCACUCCCCAGUCCAAACCUCUUCAGGGUUUCCCGUUUGCCCACCAGCAGCCCGACUCCUCGGCCUUCCUGCCUCCCUCCUACCACGGGUACCAGCCUUCUCCUUUCAGCAGCGGCCUGGAGGCCGGCUCGACAAUGAAAGCGGGGUCCGGUCUGUUGGAGAGCAGUGCAUUAUGGGAUAUGAGCUACGGUACCCGGCCGGUGAGACUCUGCGCUGACCUGUCUUCGGGGUCCUCGGGGUACCAGUCCGGCACCAGUAACACAGGUUCAGACUUGAUGAAGGAGCACCUGAUAGAGAUCAGGUGUCUGAGACAGAGGCUGGAGGACUCCAUCCAGACCAACGAGCGCCUCCGGCAGCAGCUGGAGGACAGACUGGCUCACCCCGCCUCUGAGAAAGGUGCUCCGACCAACAUCUACAUCCAGGGCCUGGACUCGGUCGGCCAGCUGUCCAGCGAGAUCAGACUUCUGAAGGAAGAGAACGUCAGUCUGCAGAACCAGUUUAAACAGACCACCAGAGAGGGCAGCAAGGACGCGGAUCAGCUGAGGAAGGCGCAGCUAGAGGCGGAGAUGUGGGCGGAGCAAAGCAGGAAGCUGCAUGCUGAGGCUGAAGCUCGAGGUCAAGAGGUCACAGAACUGAAACAGGACCGACAGAAGAACCAGGAAGCCGUCAACAGACUCCAGCAUGAAGUGAGCGUCCUCCAACAUCAGCUCUGUGAGAGCCGCUGUCUGGUCCACUCUCUUCAGUCUGAGCUGCAGGUGCACCACCGAGUGUGUGGAGUCAACACGAACACAUCCGCAGCAGGUCGGGCCAGUGACGGUGCCAAACUUGGACAGGGCACUGUGACCUUUGACCCCAGAGAGCUGCACCUUCACCUGGAGCAGCAGCUGAGCGGACAGGCCGACGCACAGCCUCGAUCCAGGAGGCAGCUCUUCAACGAAAGUGUUCCCUCCCCCCCUGUGAGAGACACUGGGCUCAUUAGUCCUUCCUCUCCUGGAGCAGCCGAUCGAGCGUCGACCCUGCAGGGCCAGGCCCCCGACGGGUCCUUCGCCAACCGCCAUGGCCGCCAUGCAGUGGGCCACGUGGAUGACUUCAAGGCUCUGCAGCAGCAGAUCCUGGAGGGCAGCGCUCUCCUCCGCACGAUGGAGACGGCAUUUUAUUCCCUGAGCGCCCCACAGGAGUUCAGCCUGCAUCAGCCCUCAGACCCGAGUUCUGUCAUCAAGCUGCUGUCUGACACUAAAACCUUACGAGAGAUCCUGGAGGAGGCCGGCGCUCUGCUGCGGAUGUUCUGGCGAGCGGCUCUUCCGACCUGCGAGGAAACAAAGCAGGAUCAGUCUGUGGGGGAGGAGGUCGUCUCGCUCCGUCUGAAGCUCUCGGAGCACGAGCAGGCUCUAAAGGACGCCAUGGAGAGCGUGAAGAGCUCCAACCGCACCAAAGAUAGCAUGGAGCACUUUAUCGUGAGCCAACUGUCCAGAACACGGGCCGUGCUGACGAAAGCAAAGACAAACAUGCAGGAGAACGAGCUCAGGAUCUCCUCCCUUCGCCACGCCUCUCUCCCCCGAUCCGCCUCUUUCCCCUCCUCCUCUUCCUCCUUCACCUCUUCCUCCUUCUCCUCCUCUUCCUCACACCCCUGGCCCGGUCAAGGUGAAAACAAAGAAGGCUUCUGUGAGCUCGCCUUCUCUCCUGGUUGGGGUGUCAUGAAGCCUCGGGCCUCCUCCUCCUCCUCCUCCUUCUCCCCCCUGCAGUCCCGCGACCGUCUCUCCACCAGCGCCCCCUGCAGUCAGCCUUCCUGUAGUGCACCAGCCCCAAGCUCUUCAUCCGGCAUCUCACUGUUCGAGCAGAAAAUGCAGUAAAUUCUGGCUCUCCUAUCAGCCGGAGAAACAUUUCAUUUGAGUGACUUCUGUCUGAGUGUGUUGAUCAAUUUCUGCAGGGGGAUGACAGUUUAUGAAUCAUGUAAUGGUUUUAUUAUUGGUAUAGUGUGUUUGUGUAAGGUGGUCUGUGGACUUUUGUUGAUGCCAUCAACUGAAGUGUUUUCUCAUAUUUAUAUGAGACCAGCCUGAGUUUGGCUGAAGUUGGUUUAUAGUUUCUGAUUAAGCCUCCUUCAUUUUUACAGAUAGAAGAGAGAGAGAGAGAGAGAUCAAACGUAUAUAAAACCAGAUUUUAAACGGUGUUGGGCUCUCAGAGGCAGUUUAGUCCAGGUUUGAUGAGUCCACAUGAACCGUUUUUAAUAUAGACCUGGUCCAUGAAAGCCAGCCACUUUUUCUUGUUUUUUCUGAAUUUGAAAAGGGAUGAAUUGUGUCUAAAUUAGACAAUUAUGAAGGUAGAUUCUUGUCUUUAUUACGCAAAAAAAGAAAGGUUUUGAGAGCAAAUUUCUCAUUUAUAAGUAAAUUAAUUUCAUUUUGCUGAUGACACUAGAAUUUAUUGCUGCAAAUCCAAAAUAUUUGCUCUCAAAUGAAAAAGUUUUUCGCAAAAUAAAAACAUUUGCGUAAAAAAAAUGUAUGCACUCACAAAAAAGCAAACCGAUUUUACCCCCUCACUCAUUAUUCAGAAGCCAACUUCAGCCCGGUACUUCAGCAGGGAGUCGAGAAAAGCAAAUCCACGUGAUGCCAGCAGGAAGGGGGCUUUGGAAAAGCCCAAACCAAACUGAAAAGUGCUUCCUCUCAGCCUCUGUCGAGGCUCAUGUAUGUAGUUAGUGUGUGUAGAAUAGUUGCAUGUGGUUUAAGUGGAAACAAAGCCAUACUCUCACGGUACAGUAGAUACAUUUUUGCUUUGAGCUAAUUGUCCUAAAAAUGGUUAGCUCCUGAUAAAAUAUUGAAAAUACUGUCGAACUACCAAUAGGCAGUUUGGUCAAAUAGCUGGUAGAUGAUGUUCCCUAGUAUUUACUCAUGAAUAAAACACCAAUUAAGGAUGUUUUUAGCUCUUCAAACUCCAGAGUAUUACUGUUAAGUAUGGAGCCGGUUCCCUUCCGAUAUUAAAUAACAAGCAUGGGUCCAACCCAGUUUCUCCUGUUGGAAGGCCUUUAUGAUGAAGCUGCUGUGAAGUGCAGCAGUGUUCAGAAAAACAAGCACAUGUAACAGACUGUACGCGGCUUGUGUGAUGCCUUCAGGGACCUAUCGGAUGAAAUAAAUCUAUUUUAUAGUGCACGGUCCAAGAGCGAUGACAUUUCAUUUUUGUAACCAGGUAAAUGGACCACACUUUUAUCUUGUAGCUUUUUUGACAUAUAUAUGUAUAUAUAUAUCUAUAUAUAUAGAUAUAUAUAUAUAUUUCUGUCCUUUUGGAAUUUUUAUUUUUUAUUACAUUGUGUGUCUUUAUGUUGGAAUGUCCCCCAAGAUGACAAUCAGUUUGAAAAAAAUAUCCAAAAAACAAUCGCUAGUGAGAAACUUCUUUCUGUAAGUAAGGAUGCUCACCGUGCAAAUUAACUUUAUUGGAUGUUUUACACUGGCCUCUCCAAAUUGUAUUUCUUCUUCUUUUUUUAAGGGAGUUUUCCUUGAUUUUUCAGUAUUGUAGCUUAGCUGUUUAUUUUUGUGCAUGGACUGUGUCUUCACUGCCCUCUGAUACUUUUACUGACAUAUGCAAUUGUUGGGUUACUGUGCAAUAAUAAGCUUUGUGGUUGCUUUUUGUUGAUGUUUUAGGCCUGAGUAUUAACGUGCCAUGUCAUGGUUUUUGCUCUGAGGCUGAAUUGAUUCAAGCAAGCACACUUUUGUUUUGUGACAAUCAAUUUGAAGCAGUUUUAUAGGCCCACUUAUCUUUGGCUUAGCAUAAAUCUGAGUUUUAUAUACAAUGUGGGAAAAAGGCAAAGUAACGGGAUUAAUGUAUUGUCAUUAUAUAUUUAUGAAGCAAUAAGAUCAACCAAAGUAAACAACUUUUAUGUUGUUAAAUCAGGUGUAAAAUAAUCAAGUUUAGACAUUUAUUUUGUAUAAUUCCCCCACAAGUCAAAGGUCAAACGUUGUGUCUUUCUCAGUGUCAGUGUGGUUUUAGACACCACAUCUCAUGUAUGUACAUAUUAAAGGAAGUUUGUACCUCAACACAAGUUGUUUUGUUGCUGUUCAACAAAGACCCGCUGUAUUUUUAUGCAUGUUCGCUUUGUUAAAAACGUUUUUGGGAAAAAGAAAAAUACCUCUAAUAAAAAAAGGGAACAAAAGGA